UCAAGGAGACUGUAGCCCUCACCCCGCGAGGCAUGUGCGCGGUGCUCGAGGGCGCUGAAUUAUACCCGAUCCCGUGCAGCGGGAACACAGUGCCGGCCAAGCAGCCCCUCCCCCGGACGACUGAGUUCACGCAGGCCGGGCCACACUCGGCCUCCUGCACGAGGAGCUGAUUGACAGCCACGGGUGGGCGGUUGGCCCCGCUCAGGUUCGGCUCCGGGUGGUCACCGGGCCUGAGCCGAGCCGGCAGACAGCCCUCGGGGGACACCUGCCCCGCGCUCGGAGCCCAUCCGCCAGCCCGCGGGAAGGAAGCCCUCGGCCCGGGGCCUUCGGAGCGCGUCCCGCCGGCUUUCCUUUCCCGCGCCGCCCUCCUUCCCUCCUUCCUUCCUUCCCUCCCUCCCUCCCUCCCGGCGGCUCCCGGGGGAGGGGUCGGGGGAGGGGCAGCCCGCGCGGGUCCCGGGUGCAGGUCCCGGGCUCAGACCGGCCCGAGCAGGUCUGUGGUCAAGCGGCGACGCUGCCCCCGGGCCCGGCCAUGGUGCAGGCCUGGUACAUGGACAAGUCGGCCGACGACCCGCGGCGGCCCCACCGCGGGGAGCCCGCGCGCCCGGUCGGCCUGGAGCAGCUGCGCGGGCUCGGGGUCCUUUACUGGAAGCUGGAUGCCGACAAAUACGAGAAUGAUCCAGAAUUAGAGAAGAUCCGAAAGGAGAGAAACUACUCCUGGAUGGACAUAAUAACCAUAUGCAAAGACAGACUGCCAAAUUACGAAGAAAAGAUUAAGAUGUUUUAUGAGGAGCAUUUACACCUGGAUGAUGAGAUCCGCUACAUCCUGGACGGCAGUGGGUACUUCGACGUGAGGGAUAAAGAGGACAGGUGGAUCCGGAUCUUCAUGGAGAAAGGAGACAUGAUCACUCUCCCCGCCGGGAUAUACCACCGCUUCACGCUGGACGAGAAGAACUACGUGAAGGCCAUGCGGCUGUUUGUGGGAGACCCAGUGUGGACGGCGUACAACCGGCCGGCUGACCACUUCGAGGCCCGCGGGCAGUACCUAGAGUUUCUGGCGCAGACGGCCUAGCGGUGCCCUGGGGCCUGGCGCACCCCGGCCCCUCUUGUGAAGGUCCCAGGCCUGAUGCAGCAGAAAAGCAGUCGUAUUCUCUUUGCUUUUGUGUUGUAGACUUGAGGCUAGGUGAGCUUUCCUCUGCGAGACUGUUGGAUCAGAAUACGUUUUAAUGGGAGCAGCUAUAGAACCGGUUUGCACGUGGAAGCACCGGUGGAGAUCUGGGCAAAUCCGCUCAUUUUCUCUGAUUCAGGAUCAGUGGUCAGUGGCCCUGUGUCAGCUCGUGCCUUCAGCUGCGACCCAGUGAGUUUCAGCGCCCCAAACGCAGCCACUUAGCUGCCCCAUCUGGACCCAAUUCUUGGACUUUAAGCAGAUACCAGGCGAGGCCACGCCUGCCCUGUGCGAAGGAGUGACAGUGGAUGACAGGAGUGAGCAGAGAGAAGACGCUUUUCUCCCAAAACACGGGGGAAGCUGGGUAGGGGGUGCCAUGGGGGAUGCGCUGGCGUGUUAGGGACCCUCGCUUGAUUAUGCCACUUUUUUGUUCAAGAUAAAGUAGCUGCCUUAACGUUGUGCUUGUGGCUUGGAGUUACCUUAUAUUCUGGUACAUGUGGUUCCUUAAAAUCAUCCCAGUUAGAUCCUUUGUGGGAUUGUAUGUGUGUAUAAUUAAUUUUUAUUUUAUCUGGGUUAUUACUUGUUCCAGGUGAGAUUUCUAGGUUAAACUCCCUACAGUAAAUCUCUUUUACAAUCAAGCCUUUGAAUUUUAACAGAAACACUUGUACCUUUUUUUUUAGUUAACAAUUCUGAGAUACAAUUAUACCUAAUUCGUUAUAAUCAUAGAAAAACCCUAAAUUAACCUCAUAUUUGAAGGGCAGUUUGCUUUAAGUAUUUCUUUUAAACUGGAUUAAAAAUCUUUAUGUUAAAAGUGAUCUGUCAGGACUUCCCUGGUGGUCCAGUGGUUAAGACUCUGCGCUCCCAAUGCAGGGGACACGGGUUCGAUUCCUGGUCUGGUCUAAGAUCGAACUGGGAGCUAAGAUCCCACAUGCUGCGCAGUGCGGCCAAAUUAAAAAAAAAAAAAGAAAA